AUGUCGAAAUUCUGGCCAAAAGGAUCGCCGGGCAUCCUCCACCAUUAUACGGAAACCCUGGUGACCUUUGAAUAUACCGCGCCGCGAAGCCAACCACACAGCCUGCUGUUCAUCGGCGGCCUGGGCGACGGCCUGUCCACCACCUCCUACCUCGCCGAGCUCGCCAAGGGCCUGCAGUCGACCCAAUGGGCGCUCUUCACCCUCAUCACGACCUCCUCCUACCAGUCCUGGGGGCUGGGCCAUCUUGACCGCGACACCGACGAGAUCGCCCGGUGCAUCAACUACAUCCGCGCCUACAAACCCGCCGGCCGCAUCGUGCUCAUGGGCCACUCGACCGGCAGCCAGUGCGUGCUGCACUACCUGUCGCGACCGAACCCGCACACCACCCGCCACGCCUUCGACGCCGGUCUCGAGCACGUGACCCGCCCUGCCCUAGACGGCGCCAUCAUGCAGGCUCCGGUCUCGGACCGGGAGGCCGUCUCGCUGAUCCGCCGGAUGGGCUUCUGCGGCCGCUCGCCCGCGAGCAUCCAGGCCGCGUACGAGGAAGCCCUGGCCUCGUCGCUCGCCGCCGAGCGCUCCCCCAAGGCCGAGGAGGAGAAGAAAACGGAUACCCUGCUCAGCCUCGACGUGCUGAACCGCAUCGGAUACCCCGCCGGCACCCCGCUCAGCACGCGCCGCUUCCUGAGUCUCGUCAGCCCGGAGUCGCCCGCGGCCCCGCGCGAAGACGACCUCUUCAGCUCCGAUCUGCCGGACAGUCAGCUGGAAGCCACCUUUGGCAAGAUCCGUACCAAUGGUCUGCUGCGCGACGCCGCCAAGCUGCUUGUCCUGUACUCGGGCGCCGACCAGUCGGUGCCCGCGUGGGUGGACAAGGAGGCGUUGCUGGCGCGCUGGAGACGGGCGACGGACCAUGACGGCGCCGUGAGCAUUUGGGAUGCCGAGAACGGGGGGAUCAUUCCUAAUGCAUCACAUGCCCUGAGUAAUGAUGACCAGGCAGGGCCGUUGGCUGAUCUCGUUAGACGGGUGACUUCGUACUUGAGUUGUUCAGAAUAG